CGUGUAGCAAGGUGGCUUGUUCAGCCCAAACUCCAAGCAGGGAGACCGAGGCUUAUGCUAUCGGAAAUCCGAGGCACCCUCCAAAGCGCCCCGACGGACUUGAGUCGCAUCACCAACGACGCGCGAAUUACUCAUCGCGCCCAAGCCCUCGCUUGCGUAGCACUCGUCUCGCGUCGCUGUGCCGUGCAUCUACCGCCUUGUCUCACUACCACCCCGGCUCGGCCACACACCUCCGUCACCGAUAACUGCCCCUCAACACCGCGACGGCUCACAGAAAGAAAAUGCCCCCCAAGGAGUCCUCAAAGGCGGCCUCGGCCAAGCCUAAGAAGUCAUCGGCCGCCGGCGACGCCUACCUCCUCCUCUACAAUGCCGCUUCCGCCAUCCUGUGGGCCACCGUGCUCGGUCGCGUCGUCGUCACCUACUCCAUCAGGGGCCCCGAGUUCGUCCCCUUGGUCGUCAUGAACUUUGCCCGCUUGACUCAGACGCUGGCCGGGCUUGAGAUCCUGCACGUUGCUCUUGGCUUGGUGCGCACGUCCCUCGUCACGACGAUAAUGCAGGUCGCGUCGCGCUUCCUCCUCGUCUGGGGCGUCGUCUGGCUCUUCCCCUCGGUCGCCACCAGCCCCAUCUACUCGAGCAUGCUGGCCGCUUGGAGCAUCACCGAGGUGAUCCGCUACACCUACUUCGCCCUGAUGCUCGGCGGCGUCCAGAGCAGCGGCCUCGCGUGGCUGCGCUACAGCACCUUCAUCGUCCUCUAUCCCGUCGGCAUCCUGAGCGAGUGCUGGAUGCUCUGGCUGGCUGCGACGAGGCCGCUCGAGGUCACGAGCCCGCUGCUGCCCUACAUCUACUACUUCAUCCUGUUUGUCGUUUACCCGCCAGGCUCCGUUCACAUGUACUCUCACAUGUGGAAGCAGAGGUCCAAGGUACUCAGCGGCAGGACCAAGGGCGCCGAGAAGUCAAAGUGAGCUUCUACGUCUCGCUUGUUCAGGGUCAGCGGAUGAUUGCGCGGCUGUGCACGAGAGGGUGCCCUUGCUACGCUCCGAGCCGAGUACGUACAAAAAUAGGGGACAACAUAAAAAAGAAACGGGGUAGUGCUGUGAUCCUUGGCUGUACAAUACAGGUGUUGAGGAUAGAACAUAGACCAUUGCAUUCAGGGGCUUCCACCAACGUCGAACCGAAUUGUGCCGUUGAUCCUUGUUAAGUCACCACGUAAUGGACGAGGGAAGGGAAUGGAGAAAGGCGCAAUGGAGGAACAGAGGCAUGUCUUUACAUGAGUAGGUCGGGCUGCUCAGCGCUGC